UUCGUGUGUUAGUGGUGGUCUCGUCGUUUGCUCCGUUGUUUAAAUCAAAAAUUAACACAAUGUCGUGAUAUUUAAGUCGCCGGACAAGCAAAUGUGACAAAACGAAAGACAAUAUCUGUCGUAAAAUGGCCGGGACUUCGUCGCUCGAAGAUCUCGCGUCGUUCAGCGAUGCCGAAGCCGAUAGCGAUGUCGAGUCGGACGGGUCCGACGAGGCGACCAAGAUCCUCGGAGACAUGCUCGGCGAGUUGGAAACACUGCAAAUGGAACUGGGCGAGGAGCAGGGAUACAGUCAGUCGUUGAAGUCCGCCGAACCGUCAGAUCUUCGGGACCGAUCUUCCGCGCCGGGGAAAGCGGCGGACGGUCGCCGUGCGGAGCCGCCUCUGGAGACCUACCGCAAGUCGAAGUCGCACGACGACUCGGCGCUGGACCUCGACGAGCUGCUAGGUGAGCUGUGCAUGCUCGAGAACGUGCUCUCGCGUAACAGCGUACUCGACCUCUCGAAACUCUCCUGCGACGACACCCCGCCACUCGCCGCAGCGCCGCCGCCGCCGCGUAAACCGGCCGCCGAGCCGCAGCAGCAGCACGAUCCCGCGGGCCAUGCAGCGAGCAACGCCACGCGCGAGGCGCCCCCUGCUGGCUCCCCUCCCCCACCGGCAACGGACGACGCCGACAACGACUCGGCGUUCUGCGACUACGAGUCGCUUCCGUCGUCCGAGUCGUGCACGUCGACGGCGCAGCGCGACGAGCCCAUCGCCACAGCAACAACAACAACAACAACAACAACGCCCGCCGCACUGCCGCUGUCCGACGAGGAGGUAAAGGCGCAGCGCAUCCGCGUCGCCCUCGACAAGAUCCGUGAGGCGAACGUUCGCAAGCUAUACGUUAAAGUGUUUGCGGUCGACGGCAGCACGAAGAGCCUGCUCGUCGACGAGCGACAGUGCGCGGGCGAGGUGUGCGCGAUCCUCGCCGACAAGUUCCACGUGCCGCUGACGCCGCGCUGGUGCCUUGUCGAGGUGCUGCCGCCGCUGCACGUUGAGCGCACGUAUGAGGACCAUGAGUCGGUCGUGCGCAACCUCGUGCGCUGGCCGCGCUCUGCCGCCGCCACGCACCGGCUCGUCUUCGCCGAGCGCGACGACAAGUACGAUCUGUUUGCGAACCCACAGCGCUACCUCCUGACGGCGAGCUCGUCCGAGCUCGGCCGCGAGAUGAGCGACGCGAAGAAACGGAGACUCGUCGAGGAGUUCUUUGGCGGCAGCGGCGGAGAGCCGCGCGUCCCCGACGCCGACGGCACCCUGCACUUGAAGGUCGACGGUAAGAAGGCGUGGAAGCGGCACCACUUUGUGCUGCGCGCGUCAGGGCUCUACUACGUGCCGAAGGGCAAGGCGAACAACCUGAAACACCUCGUGUGCCUCGCGAAACUCGACUCGCUCGACGUGUACGGCUCGCUCGACUGGCGGAAGAAGUACCGCGCGCCGACCGAGUUCGGAUUCGCGCUCAAGCACCCGCAGAUCAUGAAGGCCGGCAAGCACGUGAAGUACCUGUGCGCGGACGAUGAGCGAGCGCGCGCGCGGUGGAUGAUGGCGAUACGCGUCGCCAAGUUCGGACGCCAGCUCCAUGACAACUGGCAGCGGCUGCAGCGGACGAUCGCGAGCGACGCCGCGGAGGCGUGGUCGGGCGGCGACGGCGGCAGCACGUUCCUGCCGAGUUUGAACGGCAGCAGCAGCAGCGGAUCACUGCCCGGUAUCAACGUCGUUGGACUGAGGUAA